CUCUCUUUCAGCCCUCUGUCCCUCCCUCCCUUCUCAGCAUCAAGUGCAGCCUGAGCGGAGCGUCCCGGCCGCGACUUUCCCCCUCAGACUCUCUGAAGGAGGCAAUGAGCGGGCAGCCGUGGCCCUGCUGAUGACAGCGCGCCUGGGGGAUGCAGUGACCGCCGACUGUUUGCCACCGGGAUCAUAUUUGUGUACAUCCGAGGACAACAAACAAUACACCGCGGAUCUGGCAUAAUCCAUCAAUCGGAUGCGAGCAGAGCCAGGCCCAACUUAACUAUGGGCCCCAUACCACUUUGCGUCCUGCUUCCAGUGAUGGUGCUGACUGCAGUGGUGGCUGUAACUGCUGAGGAAAACACAAUUGACGACCAAUACACAUGGCCCCAAUGGAAGGUGCCUCUGGUAAGGAAACGACGCACUGUGCCCCUCAGCAGCCCCAACUUUGCAGCUCACCCUCAACCAGAGCUGAGUGGUACCUGCGGGAUCGAGUGCCAGCGCCACAUUCCCUCGCCUUCCCUGAAUGAUUUGGAGCAGUUCCUAUCCUACGAGACGGUCUACGAGAAUGGCACACGCACGUAUACCUCCGUUUCUGUGCAUGGCCUCAAUGAAGUCACUGUCUGGCCCAGAAACACUUCAUCAAGGUCCCGUCACAAGCGAGAAGUGUACGGCACAGAUACUCGCUUCACCAUCGCUGACAAGCAGUACUCCACCAAAUAUCCCUUUUCCACCUCGGUGAAGAUAUCUACAGGGUGCUCUGGGGUGCUGGUGUCACCCAAACACGUGCUGACAGCUGCACACUGCAUCCACGAUGGAAAGGAUUAUCUAGACGGAGUUCAGAAGUUGCGUGUUGGCAUUCUGAAAGAGAAGAGCAGACGAGGAAAGGGAGGCAAAGGAAAGGGUGGGAAAGAAAGGGGCAAAAGAAGAAAGGGGGACAAAGUUAAAGAGGAAGGACUGGAAAUGGAGGAAAAUGGUGGGAGAGGGGAGCGCAAAGGAAGAGGAAAAGGCAAGAAGAUCCGGAGUCGUCGAAGUGCUGACUCUGGGAAACCUUCAUUCAAGUGGACCAGAGUCAAAAAGACCCAGGUUCCUAAGGGUUGGUUUAAAGGUGUGUCAGAUGGACUGACUGCGGAUUACGACUACGCCGUUCUCGAGCUGAAGAGAGCCCCAAAGGUCAAUCACAUGGAUCUGGGUGUUAUACCUUCCGUUAAGAAGCUCCCUGCUGGUAGGAUCCACUUCUCUGGUUUUGACGAUGACCGACCCGGUAACUUGGUGUACCGGUUCUGCUCUGUGUCUGAGGAAUCCAAUGACUUGUUGUAUCAGUACUGCGAUGCCAAACCCGGCUCCAGUGGCUCGGGAGUUUACAUCCGCCUCAAAGAGCCGGGCAAGAAGAAGUGGAAGAGGAAGAUAAUUGGGGUUUUCUCCGGGCACCAGUGGGUUGACGUCAAUGGGGACGGGAUGCAGCAGGAUUACAAUGUGGCCGUGAGGAUAACGCCGCUCAAGUACGCGCAGAUCUGCUACUGGGUCCAUGGGGACUCGAGUGAGUGUCAGGUAGCCUAAAACAUGGCAACUCCCCACUUUUCUGCUUCUUACCCAUCAUCUCACACCAUAGUUCCCCCUUACAGACUUCAAAUACCUUGACACAUCACCUUGUUUCACCAAGCAGAAACUAGGCAACUGCUUCCUCUUCCCCUUCCCGUCUUUUACCUUGUGUGUCUCCUUAUGACUCUACUACAGUGAUUCAAGUGAAGUGGCAACAAUAGGAACUCAUCAAUGCAUCAAGGGAACUGUGGCUUGUCAGUUGUCUUUUUUUAUUUAUUUGUUUGAAAUAUAUACGGGAAAGGAAAUCCUUUUUAAGUAUUUUAAGUCUACUUUGACAGUUUUUGAAAUAAAUUGACCUCUAUGGUCGGAGUACAGUAAAUGGUUUAUAGUAGGAAUCACAAAUACUUGCAAGGUAUCGUUAUUAAAGAAAAGGUUUCUCCACCACUGUAAGCAUAAAACGUGAGCAUUGGCAAUAAUAAGACGCCCAAAAACCAACUUAAAUACUUUAAUUAAAAAAAGAAUGGUAUGAAGAUUCAGAAAAAACAAAAAAAUUAAUAAGCUGAUUUUUUCAUUUGUGUAUAUCUUGAACAUUGUAUUAGAUGUUUUGUGUUUUAAGCUUAUCUUUUAAUGAGUGUUUUUCUCCUUCUGGAUGCUUUUUAGGAGAUGGAUUUUUUAUUUUUUUUUGCUGCUUUUGUAGGAUUCAUGUCUCAUCCUCUUUCAUCCGUUCUUGCAAUACAGUGAAAUGUGGUUUCAUUGUUGUGCACAUAACUAUAACAGAGAAUGACGUGGUGCUAAUUUAUGGGGCUGUAACCUUUUUGUUUCCAUUUUGGAAUGACUUUUUUGGUGGCCUAGUACUGUAAUUUUAAGCUUAAGGUGAGGCUACAUGUUUGCGUUACAUUAAGACUGAACCAUUCAACAAUUUACUUGAGCUGUUUUUGUUUCUCUAUUUUAAGGGUAACCGGUUUUUUUUUAAAGUCACUUUGUUUUUAUAGAAGUAGUUUAAGAUUAAAUGUAAUGUUUCUGACUUGUUCCUGUUGCUUUUUCUCCCAAGGAAAUGCAAGACUAUCCUUUUAAAUACCAAAUAUCUGCAAAUAAUUAUUAGCUUUGAAGUCUACAAGCCAUUAAAACCAAGAUUCCCCUUUG